ACAUUCCUAAAUUAAAUAAUAAUAAUAAUAAUAGAUCGCAGGGGAAGUUUUUCUUUUCCCUCCUGAUUCUUCCCCUGGAAGUUUUAUUUGGAAGUAAAAAUGUAUAUUCAAAUUUCCCUAUGCAUAAAGAGAGAGAGAAACUGAGUGAAGAGGAAGAGGAAGAGCAAGGAAGGAUGCCAAUAGAAAUGCCUAAAGGGCUUCCAUUCUCAGUGGAUACAUGGACUGAAUGUUCGAAGAGGAAGAGAUACCAUUUCUUGACACAUGCCCAUAAAGACCACUCCACUGGAAUCACCGCUCACUUCUCCUUCCCAAUUUACUCUACCUCUCUCACUAAAGCCCUCCUCCUUCAACUAUUUCCCAAGCUUCAUCAUUCCAUGUUCGUGGAAAUCGAGGUGGGGCAGUCGAUCAUCGUCGAUGAUUCUCAUGAUUCAUUCACGGUUACGGCUUUUGACGCCAAUCAUUGCCCUGGAGCUGUGAUGUUCUUGUUUGAGGGAAAAUUUGGCAACAUACUGCACACAGGUGAUUGCAGGCUUACACCUGAGUGUUUACAGAAUUUACCAGAGAAGUAUCUGGGAAAGAGAGGAAGAAAACCUUCUUGUCAACUUGAUUUUGUUUUUUUAGACUGCACUUUUGGGAGGUUCCUUCGACCAAUGCCCAGCAAGCAUUUAGCUACCCAACAGGUUGUCAGUUGCAUAUGGAAGCAUCCUGAUGCUACAAUAGUUUAUCUAACUUGUGAUCUUCUAGGACAGGAAGAAAUACUAUCUGCUGUGUCGAGGACAUUUGGAUCCAAGAUAUAUGUUGACAAAGCAGCUAAUCCUGAGUGUUUUCAUUCUUUCUCACUUACAGCUCCUGAAAUCAUCUCCCAAGAUCCAUCUACUCGUUUCCAUCUAUUUGAUGGAUUUCCUAAACUUUCUGAAAGAGCAAAAGCAAAGCUUAUGGAGGCUCAAGCUAACUUAAUGCCGGAACCCCUCAUAAUACGCCCUUCUUCUCAGUGGUAUGCGUGUGAGGAUGAUGGUUCAGCUUCAUUGGAUGAAAAGCGAAGAAAAUAUAGAAUGAAUGAAGCAGUAAGAGACCAAUUUGGUGUUUGGCAUGUCUGCUAUUCAAUGCAUUCUUCCAGACAAGAAUUGGAAUGGGCUCUUCAACUUCUUGCUCCUAAAUGGGUUAUUUCAACAACCCCAAGUUGCAUGGCUACAGAGCUGGAUUACUUUAAGAAAUAUUGUUUUACUACUCGAUUAUCUCUAAAGGAACCUCUUUGGAAGCUUCUGGACAUUAAUGUUGAAGCCUCUUCAGUUGAAGAUGUAUUGGCUAAAACUUCGGCUUGCUCACUGGCGGCACUUGAAGACAUCACUCAAAGUUCUGAUGACUCUCAACUGCAACUGGUAAAGAUUUCCACUUCUCAGAAAGAAAAUUUUAAAUUGCCUUCUCCAGCCAAAAGACCACCUGUCACUUUAUUUGGUAGAGCUAGACUUGGUCUCCAGGAAUCUCCUCUAUUACAACAGAAGAAAUCUACAAAGAAAGAUGAACAUUCUCAAACAGAUGAUAAAUUUCCUCAAGAAUCCUUAAAUGAAGUGACUAAGGAAGAGUCAUUGGUGAUUAAUCCACCCGAAUAUGUGAAUGAAAUACAGUGUAAAGAAUCCUUAUAUGAAGUGACUAGGGAAGAGCCAUUGGUGAUUAAUCCUUCAAAAGAUGUGAAUGAAAUACAGUGUAAAGAGCCUGUUGAAAUUGAAACAGAAGUACAGAGUGGUACUCGAACUCCCAUUGGGCCAUUGAAAAAAUUCAGUGAACAAUUGAAAAGAUUGAACAGGUCAAUGGAUGUGCCUGUACCUCGGCCUCUUCCCUCAUUGGAGGAUAUUUUGAAUUUAAACAAACGGUUCAAGGGGGAAACCAAGUUUUAGUGUUUACUUUUCCAGCAAUCAGUCUAUACUCGAGAUUUCUCUUGUUUUCCACACGAAUGGUAUAGAGCAGCAGAAACUGAAAAUAACUGUUGCAAAGAAUAAAGAGCACGAGAUUUAUCAUUGCAGUUGCAAAGGAGAACACCAGAGAGGUUUAUAGUUGUAUACUAAAAGAUUUAAGUUGUGCAUGUGCUAUCGAUUCUUUGAUGCAAUCAAUUUGUAAGUUGCUUCCUGUUUCAUCACUAGCUGUAAAAAUCAAUUUGCUUGCAUGAACAAUGUUAUUGUGGUUAAUUUAAUUCAUUCAUAUUCUUCAUACAUGCUGUUCUGUAUCUAUUAUUGUAAGUAACUCUUGUUAAAUAAUUUAAAUAUCCCUUCCACCAAA